AAAAAUUUCAAAACAAAUACAACAAAUUGUGUUUAUAUUUUACACGUGUUUUUUGUUUGUGGACACGUGUUUUCAGUCAUGAGUAGUAGUGGUAGCGAUGAAGACACCAUCAGUGGAUCAGUUAUCGGUACGAAAGACUACUGGAAUGAAUGGUACGAACGAGAGUUGAAAAACUUUGAAGAAUUUGAAGAUUCCGGUGAUGUCUGGUUCGGCCGCAAGAAUAACCAACGAAUUGUCCAAUGGAUUUGCCGACACCUGACCACUACCGAUGACGACAACAAACAACAAUCAAAAAUAUUGGACAUUGGCUGCGGUAAUGGCUAUAUGUUGCUAGAGUUGGCCAAACAUGGCUACAGACGACUGGUCGGUAUUGAUUACUCGUCGACGUCCAUAGAUUUGUGCCGACGACUACUUGCGGCCAACGAACUGGCCAAUAAAGUGGCCGACAUUUGUUUUGAAGUGUACGAUAUACUCGGCGACAAUGACAAUGACAACAGUAGCCGACGAUCGGCUAACAGUUGUUUAAUUGGCCAGACGUUUGACUGUCUGGUAGAUAAGGGAACCUAUGAUGCCGUAUGUCUUCAGCCUGGCGUCCAAUUGGACGACAUUCGCCAUAAGUAUCGAUGUUUUCUCCAGAAUCUGAUGACCUCGGAGUCCGUAUUCAUCAUAAUGUCGUGUAAUUUUACGAAAACUGAAUUAAUACGUGAUUUACGGGUCGUCGAUGACAGUGGCGGCGGCGGCGGCGGCGGUAGUGUUGACCACAACAACCAGUAUUGCUUCCGAUUGGUCGACGAAAUACCGACGCCGACCAUCACUUUUGGCGGCCGCAGUGGCUCUCAAGUGACUGCACUUAUACUCAAGAAAUCAAUUGUUGUUUAAUUAAUUAAAUCCAUAUA